UGAGUCGAGCUCCCGGGCCUACUUUCGUUAGCCAGUCCAUCUGUUCAUCUCUCUUUUGAUUGUUGCUGACGCUGUGCAUCAUGGACGAAAAAGACUCUUCUUCUACACAAAUCCCUCCGUCGGAGGAGACUCAAUCGCCGCCGCCCGAGCCCAAGGAUGAAAGCGUACGAACAAUUCAUGGCUUUAAGUGGUUCUUGGUUUGUAUAUCGCUAUAUGUCGGAUCGUUGAUCUAUGGCUUGGACACCACCAUUGCGGCCGACAUCCAGGCUGCUAUCAUUAAGCGAUUCGACAAUGUGGACCAGCUGACUUGGGUCGGCACCGGGUUUCCCCUGGGUUCCGUUUGUGCUAUUCUGCCAGCUGCCGCUUUCUACGCUGUCUUUGACCUCAAGAUGCUCUUCAUCUCCAGUGUCGUUCUGUUUGAAGUCGGCUCUGUGCUCUGCGGUGCUGCUCCUAAUAUGAAUGCCCUGAUUGUAGGACGUGUUCUUGCUGGUCUGGGAGGAUCGGGGGUUUACAUUGGUAUCCUCAAUUACUUCUCUCUCUGUACCACCAACCAAGAACGUGGCCGGUAUGUGUCGGGCAUUGGUCUUGUCUGGGGUGUCGGCGCCAUUCUGGGUCCUGUGGUUGGGGGCUCCUUUUCUGAUAGCUCAGCUACCUGGCGUUGGUCGUUUUACAUCAAUCUAGUCAUCGCCGCCAUUUGUGCUCCGGUCUACGUCUUCUAUCUACCCUCGGUUAAGCCGCCCGCAGCCUCCAACACCUCCGUCUUGAAGAGAUUAGGGGCCAUGGACUGGAUGGGCUUCCUGCUGAGUUCCGGGGCCGUGGUGUGCUUUGUCAUGGUCCUGACCUUCGACGGAGCGGGAUGGGCCUGGGAUGAUGGCCGAUCGAUUGCAACCUGGGUGGUCUUCGGAGUUCUCUUAAUUGCCACCGUGGUACAGCAGAAGUUCAUGCUCUUGACAGAUGAAGAACACCGGAUGUCGCCUCCCGGGCACAUACUCAAGAAUCGUUCGCAGGUUCUCUUCAACAUCCAGACCGCGGCCACGGUGGCGAACAUCUACGUUCCUCUAUAUUACAUCCCGCUCUUCUUUCAGUUCGUGCAGGGAGACACGGCAGUCAAGGCUGCAGUGCGGCUGUUACCUUUCAUCCUGCUGCUUGUUUGCACCAACAUGGCAUCCGGGGCUCUAUUGCCACGUAUUGGCUACUAUUGGGCCAUCUACGUCGUUACCGGUGUCUUGAUGACUGUUGGUGGCGCUCUUAUGUACACCGUGAACAUCGAUACCAAACCCGGCAAUAUAUACGGAUACAGCGUCCUCCUUGCUAUAGGAAGUGGCCUGACGUUCCAAGCGGGUUACACUCUGGCCGGUAUCAAGGUUUCCCUGAAAGGCUGGCCAGGGAAAGACAUUCAGAUGGCUGUUUCUCUCCAAAACAUCUCCCAAGUCGGCGGCACGCUGCUCUGUCUUUUGAUCUCGGGACAGAUCUUCCAGAGUCUCGCCUUCAGCAACUUGAAAGCCGUUCUCGGACCUGAGGGAUACAGCGAUGCAGACAUCCGUUCUGUUGUUGCCGGUACUCAGAGUUCCGUAUUCGAGCAUCUCAACAAAGAGCUGGCCUAUGAGAGCACCAAGGCCAUUACUCAGGCAAUGAGCCGCGUGUACAGUAUCAGCAUUGCGGCCGGUGGGUUAUCGCUCAUUGCCGCCUUGUUGAUGAAGAAAGAACGACUGUUCGGCAAGAAGUGAUUUUCACGUCCAUUAAAGACAACCAUGGUUAUUUGAAUCGUCCAGUCGAGUCUUCGAAUCUCCUCUCUACUCCUCUUUUUGCUUGCUUGGAUCGCUGUGGCCUAAUUUUUAUCUCCGGUGAACCGUACGGUAUCUUAGAAUAGAUUGAUCUAGAUUGAGUUUAGAAUGAAGAGAUAUAAUUCCUCGAUCUAUUAACCUU